CUCACUGCUGCCUGUGGGCUACCGGGGGCUGAGCCAGACAGCAGAGCCUCAGGCAGGCCUUCUGUAAUCCUUUAUCUGCCACUGCUAACCCGGGAUUGGAGCGUACAGUGAGUCAUGCACCUGGGUCUGGGCCCGCCUUCUGCCACCUCUCGGUUCCCUGCCGCACUUCCUGAGUCCCCUGAGAUGCCGGCAGGAAACAUGCUCUCAGUGGCCCCUACCUCCCCCUCGGCCUCUUUGUCACCUCCUAGACCACCGUCCCUGCAGUUUCUCAGACAACACAGAGGCCGGGGCUGCAGACGGACGCUCGGACCUCGCCUCAGCAGCUGCUGCCCCUGGGCAGAUACAGCUUUUUGGAGCUGUUGAUCAUCAAUACCUGAAACUGUGCUACAUUGUUCAUUGAAUCUCUGCACUGCACUGGGAGCUAUGUGCUUGGAAUACUAUCAGCUCCACUUACAGGGGAAGGACCUGGGGCUCAGAGAAUGACAAGCUUGACCAUGGUCGUGAAGUCAGCAUGUGACAGAGGCAGGAUUUGAAUGGAGGCACAGGCAGGAUCCUAUGACCAGCUACCUCUUCCAGUCCAUAGCAAUGGAGCCAAAUGAUUCCUCUCGUGUGGACUCUGAGUUCCGAUACACCCUCUUCCCAAUUUUUUACAGCAUCAUCUUUGUGCUGGGGGUCAUCGCCAAUGGCUAUGUGCUGUGGGUCUUUGCCCGCCUGUAUCCUUCCAAGAAAUUCAAUGAGAUAAAGAUCUUCAUGGUGAACCUCACCAUGGCUGACCUGCUUUUCCUGGUCACCCUGCCCCUGUGGAUCAUCUACUACCAUCACAAUGGCGACUGGAUUCUUCCCGAAUUCUUGUGCAAUCUGGCUGGCUGCUUCUUCUUCAUUAAUACCUACUGCUCAGUGGCCUUCUUGGCUGUCAUCACUUAUAACCGCUUCCAGGCGGUGACACAGCCCAUCAAGACUGCUCAGGCCACCACUCGCAAGCGUGGCAUCCUUUUGUCCCUGAUCAUCUGGGUAGCCAUUGUGGCCGCUGCAUCCUACUUCUUCGUCCUAGACUCCACCAAUAUGGUGCCCAACAAGACCGGCUCGGGCAACAUCACACGCUGCUUUGAGCAUUACGAGAAGGGCAGCAUCCCAGUCCUCAGCAUCCACAUCUUCCUCGUGCUCAGCUUCUUCCUUGUCUUCCUCAUCAUCCUCUUUUGCAACCUGGUCAUCAUCCGCACGCUGCUCACACAGCAGGUGCAGAUGCAGCGCAACGCAGAGGUCAAACACCGGGCUCUCUGGAUGGUCUGCACGGUCCUUGCUGUGUUCAUCAUCUGCUUCGUGCCCCACCACAUUGUGCAGCUUCCCUGGACCCUGGCUGAGCUGGGCUUCCAGGACAGCGACUUCCACCAGUCUAUUAACGAUGCACAUCAGGUCACUCUCUGCCUCCUUAGUACCAAUUGUGUCUUAGACCCUGUCAUCUACUGUUUCCUCACCAAGAAGUUCCGCAAGCACCUCACGGAGAAGUUCUACAGUAUGCGCAGCAGCCGGAAAUGCUCCCGGGCCACCACGGAGACUGGCACUGAAGUGGUCAUGCCGCUCAAACAGGUCCCUGUCAAUUCUGUCAAAAAUUAGUCUUGGAUUUUUGGGGCCUAGGGGGUUAUCCUCCAGGGAUAUCAUGGACUGACCUGGGGGAGGAAUGGGUGUCUGCUGUGGCGCUGGCACCUCCUCCCUGGGCACUGGUGGCCCAUUGGGUAUGGAGGCUACCUCACCAAGGUGGGGAUGCUGGCAGAGCCAGACUGCUGGGAAAUCCAGAACUUGAAUGAGUCCCUUCAGCCACCUUUGGGCACAUGCCAUAAUAACCUUUGUUGGUAACCUCAUCCUGAGCGCCUGAGUCUGAUAGCUCUGGAAGGAGUGUCGGGGCCAGGGGCUGUCCUUGGGGGCAGACCCUGAGCUACCCCGUUCACCCUACCAGGACAAAAGUCCCAAGUGAGUAAGGCAAUCACUCCCUUUAUCACUAACAAGGCAGAGAAGAGGUUUUGGGAAAGGGAUGCUUCCCUGGCUGUGUGGCACUAUCUUUGGCACAGACUUUUGGAGCUAGGAUGGUACCACCCAGUCUCCACCCAAAGGCACAAGGUCUUUGUGACACUUCUUAGGGGAAGUGGCUUGGUGCAACCUUCUCCUGAGCCAUGCCACAACCUGUACUGAAUGGUGACCAGAGAAGAUAAACCAUGCAUAAACCGGAAGCUAGGGCAGGGAGCCUGUCUCCUGAGGCAGAUGUGUCUUUCCGCACAGGCCUCACCUCAAGCCCGGGGCAGCACUGGGUCAGCGGGAGAGACACAACUGCCACAUCUACUUUCUGUCUCAACAAGGGACCCUGAUGAAGUAACUCCUGCAGGACAGCCACUCACUGUGUGUGGGCAAAGGCCCUUCAAAGCCAAAUUGGGGCCAUCCUCGCCACUGUGAUGCCCAGAGGCUUCCACGGGAAAAGACAGUUAGGCGAGAAGUGCCUGCAAGUGGGUGAGGCCUGCAGAGUGGGAGUAGCGUGUCAGCUCCCCUCCCCACCUCACUUUCUGGGAGGCCCCUCUGACUUUGCUUCCAGGAGCUGAGAGGAGCAACUGUAAUCCUAAGGGCAGUCAGGCACUUUGAGUUCCAGGUGCAGAAGAGAAGUGGAAAACUUCUCUUGAGGAGCUCUAGAUGCCUGAGCCUCCUCUUGCAUCCUGAGCACUUGCAACAUGAACCUGGCAGCCUCUGACCCAGGGGCUUGGAGGAAUCUUCCCUAGUUUCUAGAAAUCGUCCUCCUUUCCAGCCAGCGUCCCUACCAAGCUGGGAUCCUUAUUUCCCACAUACUGGGCUGAUUUUGAUAAAUGCCUCCUGGUGGGCCAGAGAGCUGCUUGGGUCUGGGAUGGUAGCUGUGGGCUGGACUUAGCAGAUGGUGACUAGGUGGAUAGUGCAGCAGACUUGAACUUUGGUCUCACAGAGACCCAGGUUCAAGCUGUGGCUUUGUCACUUCCUGCCCAGGGACUGUGAGCUGAAUUUCCUACCUCACAGAGUUGUUAUGAGGAGCAGGUACCUCUUGGUCAGGGUGAGUGCUCAUCCCAGAUUCUUCCUUUUGCUGAGAAUUUGUUCCCCCUGAUCCUCUGAUAGGAGCUGAAGGGAUGAGAGGUGAGUGUCUGGCUCUAGUGGGGCCAGUCAGGUUCUCCCUUGGGAAUAAGCAGCAAGAUUCAGGGAUGCUCUUUCAGGCUCUGAAGGCCACUUACCUGAACACAUGUGAACUCUGGAGCUGUGUGUGUGUGUGUGUCUACAUGUGUAUGUCUGUGUGUGUAAGGUAUGUGUAUGGCUGAUGGGGCGGGGUGGGGGGGGGGCACCUGCCUGAACAUGAUAGAGAAAAAUGGCUUUGCUCAGAGAGAAGACAGAGAUGUGCAGAGCAAAGCAGAGACCAGAGGGAACCGCAGGGGCCUGGAGAGAGGAGGGGGCCGUGCUUCCAGGGGCCUGCUGGCUCCCUUCCUUCAGGCCCAGACCUUCUUGAAGCUCAACAUCUGCACCAUUUCCUUUGGGUCCUUGUGAGAUUCCCUUGUUAGGAUACAUUCUCUUAUUUUGUUAAGCUGAUUUGAGCAUCUAUUACUUGCAACCAAAAGAGCUCUGAAUGGGAUAAAUGCUUGCAUGCUAAAGCGCAGUGUUUCUGAAAUUUCAGCCAUUUGUGUACCCCCCUCAUAAAUUUUGCAGUAUCCAUGUAGCAUCCAUAUGUUUACUUAAGAAGUAUUUUUCUCUAAAUCGAGUCACUUUUUAAAACUUAAACCUAUGUAAAAGGAUUGUAAAUGAAAACAAAUGCCACCUGCCACACAUAGAAGGUAAACACAAACAUAAAACAUAAGUAUUAAAAUCAAAAUGUUCUUGGUGUCCUGUCUACAGUCACCUCAUAUGCCCCAUGAGUUGCACAGCACAUUUUAGGAAACGUGCUGUGACGUAUAUAAAGUGCACGGGGUCUGCAUUCAGUAAAUGCUCAAUAAAGAGACAGGCAGUUCCGAGAUGGUAACUUGUGACUGCCCCCUUGCUCCUCUCAGAAUGUUGCCCCAACACACAACCCAGGAUCUCACUCCCACCCAGGCCUGGGGGUGGGGGUGGGGGAGUAUUUUAGGUUGUAGCUCAUGCUACAGCCCUGAUGGUUGCCUCACCACUCUGAAUUCAACCACCUUUACUCCCCCUGUGACCUCUGCCUGGUUGUGACCUUCUCAGAUGCUUUCUCUUCUUUUUGACCUAGCCCAGAACACCUCCUCCAGGCAGCCUUCCUGAAUUCCUCCAGAUUGGUUAAUUGAGCUAGCAGCAUUUUAGGUCUGGGAGAGUGCAACUUUUUUAUAACCUAAUAACUAUUGGGGUUUAUCCAUUUCAUUGUGUUCUUUCCUACCCUGGGGGCAGGAACUGAAUCUUUUUUUUUAAUUGAAGUAUAGUUGAAGGAGCUGAAUCUUAAUCAGCAGUGUAUCCACAUUUCUCACAUGAGGCCUAGAGAUGAGCUCUGUCUAUCUCCAAAGCUUCCUGCUUCCCCAGGGUGUAGCAUAAGCACAUAUGGACAUACACAUGCACUUAUUGUGAAGGGUUUAAGAAGACUCUCUAGGGAAGACGAGGAAGGAAUUUCAUGUAUGUUUUUCCAAAGUUCUACAUCCAUAUUCAAAAAAAAAAAAGAUGUCAGGGAUUUUCAGAGGAUCAGAACAUUUUAGAGCUGGGAGGGUCCAAUUGCUUCAUCUUGCUAAAAGGAACGUGGGACUCAGAGGGGCUACGUUAUUGCAGAAAUUACAUAGCAUGGAGUGCACUUGUGUCUCUCCCUUCUUGCAAUGGUGACAGGAUUAUAGGAAAAGCUGAGUUAUAAUUCUCUCAAUGAAACAUCACCAAUCAGGAUUUCCGACGAUGUUGGACAUCAAGAAAUCCUCGCCCUGCAUUUGCUCUUAAUCCCAGGGAACGACCAGUGAUCUCACUUAGAGAACAUUGGCUCAAGCAAGACCUGGCCCUUUACCUCAUCUAGAUGAAUCACAAACACAAGAGUAGUAAGUGUAGGUCACUGUUGACUAGAACUGGGCACAUUUGUGCCUAUUCUUACUUAUCUAUGUUAUAUCUGUGCUUAAGACCUGAGGCCACAAACAGAUGUAAUAAAACCCUCUUGUUAAAACACUUGCUUUUUGUGCAUACUUGGUAUUUCUGUAAUACAUAUCAUGUUUCCCCUGAUAUCCUACCAGCAAGCCAUCCUCCCAUCUACCCAGUCAUCUAUCCAUCCAUCCAUCCAUUCAUCCAUCCAUCCAUGCAUCCAUCCAUCCAUACACCCAUCCAUCUAGGUAUCCAACAAAUACCUAUGGAGUACCUAUUUUGGUCCAGUAUUUCUACUAUCUCACUGUAACCUUACACACUCCUUGAAAGGUAUGUGAUUCAGUCCCCACAGGAAUCAAUAAAAUAAAUAAGGACCUGAGCUGACUGAAUAAGACAGUGGCUGCCUCCCAGGUACUUGGUACAGAAGGAAAGGGCCUACUUUUUGGUGAGCUCCAGAUAUUUGCUUGCCACUUUCACAAAUCUUAUCUCAUUGAGUCCUCACAACUACUGUACAGAAUUAAUAUUUUUCAUGCCCAUUUUACAGAUGGGGAAAUUGAGGCUCAGAGGGCUUCAGUGAUUUGUAAGGGUACAUGAGCUAGUAAGUGGCAGAAUAAUAUUCAAACCCAGAUCUGCCUUAGUAAAUAUGGGUCCCUUCCCUUCUUUCCUCUCCCUGUUUGACUGUACCCUCACCCAAGCCCCUUUAGGCACUGUCCUAGCUUUGAUGUAUGCUGGGAUAGGGGUCUCUUGAGGGGAAUAGCAAUUGGUAAAGGCCCCACCUUGCUGUCUGAGGGCUCCUGUGUUCCCCAUGCAGGCUGAGGCCCCAGCAGCAAUGACUUUUUUCUGAGCUGAGGCUCCAGUGAUCAGUUAAGGAGGGCACUCCUGCAGUGGGUGGUAUAUGUGAACGCAGUGUUACAAAGAACUUCUGGAGCCAGGGUGUCACUGUCCCUGAAGCUAGAAGGUCACCUGAAUCCUGACAUUUCUGCAAGAGGAGGGAAAGGGGUGAGUGAAUAGUCAACAGCUGCUGAGCACCGACGGGGUGGCAGGCACUGUGAAGGAAAGCCGUGUCCUUACUUAUGGAUGGAAAUCUUUCCUCUGCCUGAAUUACUUUCCCCCCAGUUAUAUGGAUGGCUCACUCCCUCACCUUCAAGACCUUGCUCAAAUGUCCCCUUCUCAGUGAGGCCUGAGAUCGUCUCAUUUAAAACAGAAGCUGAGAGAGGCAAGUGCUUCCCCAAGGCCACACAGCGAUCAGCUGGGUCAUGUCCAAAGGCCAUGGACUUUCCACUCUAUCACAUUGACUUUCUCUGCAGACAUCCUUCAUGACAUAGGAUGUGAAGGCUAAUACCUUCCUAUUUUCCAGAUAAGAAAAACAAGUAUCAAGGAAGGAAAUGACUUAUGCAAAGUCACAUAAAAAUAACUUGCUAGAACUGAGACGCAUAGGUCCUUUUUUUAACCCCCAUUUUGUAAGAUGCUUCUCUCAUCUAUUUUUCCAUCUGAAUGCAUGUUAUUUUCCUUCAUCACCAUUCUCCAGUCCUAUCCCCCACGAUAGUUCUAGUGCGUUCAAUACAUAUCUUUGACUUUUAUGCAUCCUCGGAAAAUGUAGUGUUAUUUUUCAUGCCUAUUCAUUUCAAAUUUACAUAAAAGGCAUGGUUUACGUAAAUUAGGCUAUGGACCUCAUUCUGUGUAUCAUUUUUUUUCCACUCAGCAUUGCUUUUACGAUGUAACCAUGUUGAAGUGCAGACACCUGGUUCAUUGAUGCAAACAUCUGCCUGGUCCUCCAUCAUGGGCAUCUACAUUUUAUUUACCCAUUCCCCGGCAAUGGACACUUAGGUUGCCUUCAAUUCCCUUCUCUAUACAAAGGAUGCUGUGAGGAAAGCCUUCCAGAUGUUCCCCCAUGGACCAGUGUAAGAAUUUCCCUGGAAUGUAUACCUUGAGGUGACAGCGCUAGGUCAUAGGCUACACACAUACUUAACUGGCUGAAGAACUGCCAUCUCUUCUGCAGUGGCCGCACCAGGCUACACUCCCCCCAUAAUCACAUGAGAGCUUCUAUUGCCCCAGAUCUCCACCCACACUUGGUGUUGUCCCACUUUCAAAUGGCUGGUAAGUAUAAAGUAAAAUCAUGUAUUUAGUUUGAAUUUCUCUCGGAUUACUAAUGGGUUUGUAAUCAUGUUCUUGUUCCCCAUUUGAGUUUGAAUGCGGAUACUUUCGACUCCAAAGCCUACACAGUGUCACAUAGUGAUCAAUAAAGUAGCCUCUGGGGCUGCAUGGCCAGGGUUCAAUUUCUGACUCAAGAGGUUAGUCUGUGAUUUAACCUCUUUGGGCCUCUGUUUCUUCAUCUGUAAAAUGAUGUUACUGCCAACAUAAUAGGAUGGUUUUGAGGAUUUAAAAUUGCUUAGAACAGUACCUGGCACAGAAUAAGUACUUGGUAAAUGCUAUAUGUUGUCUCCAUGAAGCCUCCUUUUCCACUCUCCCCAUCUCCUCCCAUCUCCCUGACCACUUUUCAAGAAGUUCAUAUUACGCAUUCAUAUGAAUUUUCCUUAGAAUUGUGAAACUGUUAAAAAGAGUGAUAAAAACAAGACAACAGACCCCCAAUGGAGUCACUUAUGCUAAACCGCAAGUCACCAAACCAAGACUUAGUACCUAACUUGAUUGCAGGUAAGCCUCUCCCAGAAAGGGAAUCUUAAACCAGUCAAUCUGAAAUUACCUAAUCAGCACUAGUGAGGUCAUCUGCCUGAUAUAUCCUUGCCUUCCCUGGCCCCUAAAAGGAAGGCGAGCUUGCCACAACCCAUCUGCUUUUUGUUAGUAAAACUUCCUUGUCCCCCGCUCCCUUCUGCCUGUAAAAAUCUUUGAUUUUGUACAGCUCCUUUCUCUCUGUUAGAUGGGGCACUACUUAAUUCAUGAAUCAUUGA